AUGGUGCAGUCACCAUUUGGAAUGUUACUGGUCCUUGUGCAGGGAGAAGAAAAUGUGCCUGUAAAUGCUCAUUCGAGGUGCCAGGGUAAGGACGGGAACAGUUAUACUCUGGAGGCUCUUCUCUUGAAGAAGGUAGAGGUGCAGGAGAGCAAGCCCAAUUAUGCAAGAGCUUUGCAAGCCUCUGCUUGCUUCAUCUCUGCUGAUAAGCACACGGAUGAGUCCCAAAUCAAGAGACAUAGUCUCCACUCAAGGAUGAGGUUUGUGGAAGGAAUGCUUAACAUUUGUUACAAUGCCAUUGAUCGUCAUAUUGAAAAUGGUAGAGGGGAUAAGAUUGCUAUCAUCUAUGACAGUCCUGUUACAAAUACUAAAGAAACGAUUACCUAUAAAGAAGUCCUGGAGCAGGUCUCUAAGCUGGCUGGGGUUUUUGUCAAGCAUGGCAUCAAAAAAGGUGACACUGUUGUCAUCUACAUGCCCAUGAUCCCGCAGGCAAUGUAUACCAUGCUGGCAUGUGCAAGGAUAGGAGCUAUCCACAGCCUCAUAUUUGGGGGAUUUGCAUCUAAAGAACUAAGUACUCGCAUUGACCAUGCAAAGCCCAAGGUGGUUGUUACAGCAUCAUUUGGUGUUGAACCUGGAAGGAGGGUAGAGUACAUACCACUUCUAGAAGAAGCACUAAGAAUAGGACAUCACAAACCAGACAAAGUUCUCAUUUAUAAUCGUCCAAAUAUGGAAACGGUUCCUUUGGCUCCAGGUCGGGAUCUUGAUUGGGAUGAAGAGAUGGCAAAAGCCCAAUCACAUGACUGUGUUCCUGUUCUUUCAGAACAUCCACUGUAUAUUCUUUACACAUCUGGAACAACGGGGUUGCCUAAGGGUGUGAUUAGGCCCACUGGAGGAUACGCUGUAAUGCUAAACUGGUCAAUGUCUUCAAUAUAUGGACUUAAACCUGGAGAGGUGUGGUGGGCAGCUUCUGACUUAGGCUGGGUUGUAGGACAUUCCUAUAUCUGUUAUGGACCUCUUCUGCAUGGGAACACAACCGUUUUAUAUGAGGGGAAGCCUGUGGGAACACCAGAUGCUGGCGCUUAUUUUCGUGUGCUUGCGGAGCAUGGAGUAGCUGCCUUGUUUACAGCACCGACUGCAAUUAGAGCAAUCCGUCAACAGGACCCUGGGGCAGCCUUGGGGAAGCAGUACUCUCUGACAAGGUUCAAAACAUUAUUUGUAGCUGGAGAACGAUGUGAUGUGGAAACACUGGAAUGGUCCAAAAAGGUCUUCAAAGUACCCGUCCUAGAUCAUUGGUGGCAAACUGAAACUGGAUCCCCAAUUACAGCGUCGUGCAUUGGAAUAGGUGAUUCUAAAACACCUCCACCCGGGCAAGCAGGAAAAAGUGUUCCAGGAUACAAUGUUAUGGUUUUGGAUGACAACAUGCAAAAACUGAAGGCUCGGUGUUUAGGAAAUAUUGUGGUGAAGUUGCCAUUACCACCUGGGGCUUUUUCGGGACUCUGGAAGAAUCAGGAAGCUUUCAAACAUUUAUACUUCGAAAAAUUUCCUGGAUACUAUGACACCAUGGAUGCUGGUUACAUGGAUGAGGAAGGCUAUGUUUAUGUUUUGUCUCGAGUUGAUGAUGUCAUAAAUGUUGCAGGUCACAGGAUUUCUGCAGGUUCCAUUGAAGAG